CCUCUCAGUCUUCUCUCUAUAGUGUGCUCUAAUAGUCGUACGUUACUGCGGAACCGUCCAGCGCUAUCCGUUUCUGCGCGCGCGAGGAUUUGGCGACCAUUGGGCGCGCGACGACGUAGCUGUAUGGGGGCGCGAUUGGUAUUUUCAUACGGCGUGAAUCCAAAAUGUCAGACAUCGAUAAAUGGAUAGAGAUCGCGAAAGAUUGCAAAUACCUGCCCGAGAAUGAUCUCAAGAAACUCUGUGAGAUGGUGUGUGAUCUGUUGCUGGAGGAGUCCAACAUCCAACCUGUGUCCACUCCGGUGACAGUGUGCGGCGAUAUUCACGGUCAGUUUUACGAUUUGGAAGAACUGUUUCGCAACGGUGGUCCUGUGCCCGAUACAAAUUACAUAUUUCUGGGAGACUUUGUCGAUCGGGGCUACUACAGUUUGGAAACGUUCACCCGUCUGCUCACACUGAAAGCUAAAUGGUCGGACAGGAUAACGUUACUUCGCGGUAAUCACGAAUCUAGACAAAUCACACAUGUUUAUGGAUUUUACGACGAAUGCCAAAACAAGUACGGCAAUGCUAACGCAUGGAAGUACUGUUGUAGGGUAUUUGAUUUGCUCACAGUUGCUGCCUUAAUUGAUGAACAGGUUCUUUGUGUACAUGGUGGAUUAUCUCCAGCCAUUAGAACACUAGAUCAAAUUAGAACGAUUGAAAGGAAUCAAGAGAUUCCUCACAAAGGUGCUUUCUGUGAUCUGGUCUGGUCUGAUCCAGAGGACGUAGAAACAUGGACAGUGAGUCCGCGCGGUGCAGGUUGGCUGUUCGGCAGUAAAGUGACUUACAUGUUCAUGGAAGUUAAUGAUCUUAAACUCAUCUGUAGGGCACAUCAAUUAGUUCAGGAAGGUUAUAGGUACAUGUUUAACGACAAACUUGUCACAGUAUGGUCGGCUCCGAAUUAUUGUUAUCGGUGCGGUAACAUAGCUAGUAUCAUGCGGUUCACGACAGUGGACCAGAGAACACCUGUGCUGUUCCAGGCAGUGCCUGAUUCCGAGAGAGUAAUCCCACCACUCACGCCCACUCCCUACUUUUUGUGAUCUAACUUAGUGGACUGUCUAUACAGAUGCAGGAGAGAAGUGUCUGUGUCUAGACUCUACGGAAUCACAUGACUCGAUCGAUGACUCCGACCCAGGCUGGUACCAUGACGGAACCUACCUUUAUAACAAUUUUUGCGCGCGGGAAUACACAAAGCCGGUCAGUCUAACAAUUUUCAUUCUCUCUUUAAAAAAAAAAUUUAAAGUAAAAAAGAAACGAAGUUUGUUUGAUACGUUCCACAGUCGAAAAAAAAAAAACAAGAAAAAACCAAAAAAAAAAAAAAACACGAUAUCUAUACGAUGACCGAAUUGUCAUGUGAUUGCUCUCGUUCAGGGAAUGCUCUUUAGAUUUUUUAAGAAACUUUAUCAGAUUUUACAUGUCGCGAAGCUAACUUUUAUAUGUAUCACAUAUAGUGUCUGCCAUCGCAUCAGCCUGAUUUUUGUAGUUCAACAAGAAAGAAAAACACAAAAACGAUAUUUUGCAUCCGAGCAAAUGUGAACAUUCUGUGGUCUAGAUGCUUUUGCUGUCUACUGUGUACAUUCUGUAGAAUAUUCGUACUUCAGAGCAGCAUCCUGGACUUGAACGUUCAAAGGACUUAAGAGCUUCUAAGUAAUUUAUGAGCGCGAGUAAAAAACAAAUAUAGUCCGGUGCUGUGUGUGUUAAAUAAACAAUUAAAAUAAAAAGCAAAAAAAAAAGAACACAAAUAAGAAAUUAUACCACAUUCAAACAAACAUUCCGGCAAAAAAAAAGUAUACUCUUUGAGUGCAGUGAAUGCUUCUCUGAUAAUCGCAAUCGUUGUGCGUAGAAUUCAGGUUUAUUCAAAAAGCGUGAGCAUAUAUAGUACUGUUAAGGUCUUCCCGAACAAUGUAAAUGAUCUGUUUCUGUUUAGGUACUGUGUGUGCUGCGUGCAGUUUUUUUUCUCCCUCUCUGUCUUACUCUCUCCUAGAAACGCGCGCAAUCAGUGUUCUUAAAAAAAAAAAAAAGAAAAAAACAGCGAUCGUAAUAAAUAUUCGGCGCUUUUUCGCCGACGUACAAAUAGCGUGUAUAGCGGUAGCCAAAGGUGUAAUAUCCCGUCUUAGACAGAGAAUCCACGGGAUCGUAUCGUCUCUGUCGAUGUAUUUCUCUUGUUACUUUUAUGCACAUGACAUUUCUCUUUGUACGCUUUUAAUUUUAAGAAAUUUCAAGAGCUCAUCGGAACAUUAACAUCGAUAUUCUUUUUUUUUUUUUUUUUUUUUUGUUUGGUUGGUAAAAAA